AUGAUUAAUGCAAAGACUGCGAAAAGAGUAGCCUUCGCGGAGGAAUAUGAAGGUGAUAAUUAUUAGGAGAAUGCCUAGCUUAAGUUUAUGCUUGCCAAAUCUAUUGAGCCAGAAGAGAUCAGGCAUAAACUCUAAAAGGCUAGAGUAGUUCAGCAGGAGAUCAUUAUGCAUACAGAAGGCCAAUCUACUUACCUUGAUCAAGAGACAUAUGCAGCACUUGUGCCAGGUGUAUUCAGAAGAGAACACGAAAAGGGAUAUAAAAAGCCACCCAAAGAAAAAGUGGAAUAGGUUGUUGAGACCUCUAGUCUAUAGAAAAUGCUUCAGCAAAGACUUAGAGAAGAGAGGAAAAAGAUUUAUGUAGAUGUGAGAAAAGGCGCUGGAUAAGUUAGCUAUAUGAAAUUUUUUAGACCUCCAAAACCAAUUUAACACAACCCUGAACAAAUAUCUUAAUCGACUAUGACAGCUUAUCACAAAAGACUCAUUGAAAACGAAGGAAAGAAUAGACUUAUCAAUGGUAUUCAAACAUCCAUGAAAUCUAAGAUGAACACUCAGCAAAAAGGCCUGGAAAUAUUCGAAAAAUUGUCAAAAUCUCUAGGGAUCUCACUCUAGAAUAAAAAUAUUCUUAAGAAGGAGAAAGUUACUUCUCCAAAAGAGUUAGAUUAAUAGGAAGAAAAAUCUGAGGAAAAGAAGGAAUACAAAUACUACGGUCGAAGAGGUGAGUAACUCUCUAGUAGCGAAGAAGAUGAACUUGAAGAGAAUAGAAAUAAGAAUUAAUUAGUUAGAUCUUAUGAAGAUCUAACGCCUUAAAAACUUAUGCAAAUUCAAUAGCUCUACAAAUUAAAAAAUUUAAUGAAGUAAAAGGAAGAAAAGUAAAAGUAGCAGCCUAUUAAAGCACCUGAGCUAUAUGAAAUGAGGGGGCUUGAUUAUGAUAAAAAUUUAGAUAAAAUUAAGAAAGAGAUUAGAGAAAUAGAGCAUAAAAAUAAGAGCAGAAAUUAAGGAUUAGAUAAUUAGCCUAUUUUUCCAUUCAUAGGUCAUGCCAAUAAAACAGUAUCGAUAAGCCCUUCACCAAAUGCAUCUCUCCAUAAAAGUAAGUUAAAAUCAGGGAAUAAUUCGAUUAUGAUCUUUGACUAAAAUCAGACAACUGAAAUGAGGCAAACUUAACGAAGUACCUAAGCGAAUUCUCUAUUUAAUACUCAGUAUCUAGAUGCUAGUGCAAGCAAAGGUUAGACAACUAUGUAGAACACUUAAAGCAAAACAAUGUUUUAGCUGAAUACUUUGAACACAAUAAGCCUCAACAAUACAUUGCAGCAAACCCAAACUAAUAAAAAUGAUUUGUCAACAUCAAUAAAUGGAACUCAUCAAAAUUCAAAGCCCUCUAUGAUGCUAAGCAUGUUUAAAAGCCAAAGUAAACCCUCAAAUACGAUGGACUCAUUGAGUGACAUCAAGAGUAAAAUGCCAUAAAUAAGACUUAAAAGCUUGAAGAAAACUCAUGAAGACUAUGAAAGAGAAAAGGAAUAAAGAUUUAAGAAAGAAGGUUAUGUAGGAAUGAUGAUGAUGCCAGAAUAGAAGGAUUUCUUUAUCAAUUAAAAUAAGGGGGGUAAUAAGAAUUACAGAAUUGGAAAUUCAUAUGAUAACGAAGUAGUAAUCUUAAAGCCUUAAAUAGAUGCCAGUGAUAAGGAAAUAUUCAAGAGAAAUGGAAUGGCCAGUGCAGCUGAAUAGCUUAAAUCUUUAGUUAAUACAAAGGAGAGACUUAUCUAGCAAGAUACCACAUUUAUGCCAUCAAGAUUUGGUUAAAUAUCAGAUCCAAAGGCGUUCACUGAAAAAAUAGUAAAAAACAACACUAAGAUCGAUGGUGAUGAGGAUGAUCAAGAUCUCAUUAUUAGAAGAUAAGUUGAUACUCUAUUUCAAAAAUUGGGGCCAAAGUUACUUUACAAUACUGACAAUAUUAAUAAUAUGAAAAUGAAUGUGAAGCUAAGGGAAUAUUUUGGAGAUCUUAAGAAGAUCAGUAAAUUGAGUAUGGAGGAAAGAGAGAAAAUUAUUAAGAGGUAUCUAUUCGAUAGAAUUAAAGCCUCAGACAAUUAAGAACCAAUUUUAGAAGAAAUAUCUGAGAAAAAAGAAUCUGAGGAUGAGGAUGAAGAAGCCAAAAAGAAAGCCCUAGAAAUAAAAUAGCUUUUGGAGGAAGAGGAGAAAUUGUAAGUUAUGGUUGUUAUCUAGCCGAAGAUGAGGAAUAAGCCAGAACCUAAAAUAAAGAUGAUAGAGAAAAAGUAGGAAAGAAAAAGGUUCAUUCCUCCACCUUAGAUUUUGUGGAAAAAUCCAAUGGAUUUUGAAGAUAAAUCAAAGAAGUAUGAAAUUGAUAGUGAGGAUUCAGACUUUAAGGAUAGUAUAAUAGAUACAAAAAAGCUGGCUCAAAAAUAAGGCUUUAAUCUAAAAAUAUUAUCAGAGAAGGAAUAGUUUGCUGAAAUUGAGUAAAGGAGACUUAAAGCAGAAAGCAGACAAAAGAGGCUUGAGAAAACUAAGGAAAAAAAGACCAAAAUAGUGAAACUUGUUCAGGAGAGCAAUAUUGAACUCAUUUUAAAGGAAAGAGAAGAGAGAGAAAACAGAUUGAUUAAGAAAAUGUAGAAGAAGCUGGAAAAAGAGAAGAAACUCUAAAAAUAUGAUAUAGACAGCGAAGGGGACGACUCUUCAUAUGAUGAUGACUUCUCAGAUGAAUAGCUAAACAUCGAGGAGCUUAAGUAAAGAGAUGAAUUGCUUAGGAAGAUAGAGGAAACUAGACAGUAAGAGCUAGAUGAAUAAUAGAAAUAAAUGGAAAAUAGUCAUAUGCUUAAAAAGGGAAAUACCUUUAAUCGAGGGCAAACUAAGUGGAGAAUGGACUAAGACUUACAGUAAGGUUAAAUUAAUCCAUAAUUUAUUUUUAGUCCUGUUACUAUUUAGAUUGAUAGUGAUCUAAUUGGUCCUACUAAGUAGAGCAAUGAGUCGAUUGCCAAUUCAAAUCCAUCUCAGAUAAAGCAAGGGUCCUUCAUUAAGAUUGAAUCAGCAUCGGUUUUAAAGAAGAAAAAGAAGUCAAAGUUGGAAAAAGAGUCAGAGCAAAUUGACCAAAUGAUUCAAAAUGAAAAUAUUGUGAUUGAGAGGGUGAGAUCAAUUCUAGAGAGCAAUUUGAAAAACAGUGUUGGCCCAGGACUAAGCAAGUCAUUAGCUUCCCUAGUAGAGAGCUAAGAUAAGACUAGUAAUUAGACUUAUAUUGAUGGCAUGAUGAAUCUGGAAUACAAAAGGUAACUAGCUCGCUUCAAAAAGAAAGUUUAAAACAUGGAUGAUCUAUUUAUAAGCAAAAACGGAGUAAAAGUUAAGCCAGAGAGAAGAAAGAAGCCUCGAGACUAGCGUUUAAUUACCAAAGACAUGACUGAAUUCGAGAAAUUCGAAGAGCAUAAGCGUAAAAUGAAGGAUUUAGGUCUAUUUGAUGUUGAAAGAGAAAUCAUGAAGUACAAGAUUCAUCUCAAUAGAGAAUUUUUCCAUGAUUUAGACAAUCCUGUCAAUGAUGUUGAAGCUGAGGUAAAUGAGCACAUCAAAUAAGAGAUGCAGAGGCGUCAAAAGGAACAAAGAAGAUACCAUUUUGAUUUCAAACCAGUUAUCAUUAAAAAAUUACCAUUGAUUGAUGAUAUGAAGUUCUCUAACAUGCAAAUUAAGAGUUUGGCUGAAAAGAAAAGAAUUUGGCAAGGAAGUAAAAAGGGUACUUACAAACCUAGCGAUAUACUUAAAUGGUUCAAAGUCUAUGAAGAGACAAAAUUAUUCGAAAUUAGAAAUAUGCUUGGCAAAGAAUAAGAUAAUGAGUAUAGAUUUUUAGAGUGA